AUGGAGCCAGAGAGCCGCUACUGCGCAUGUCCGCGUCUGCACGGACAGAGAAAGAGACAGACAGAGACAGAGAGAGCUGUAUCAGGGAAAAACUGGCAAAGACAAAGGACUAGACAGUCUUUUGGACAACAGAGCGUACAAAAUAGAGUUUUUACACCGGUUUUUGAGAACUCUGUUGUGACACUACGGUCAAGAAAGCGCCUGGUAAGUGUUGAGCUCGAGAAAAUGAAGUUAAAAGACGUUAGGGAAGCAUAGUGGUUGUGUUUGCUGUGAACGGGAGUCACGUAGAGCAGACAGAAGACUGACGAGAUAUAUCUGUUACAGUUAUGGACUAAUUUCAUCUUUACAUGUUUAGUUUGAGAGUAUAUCGGCUCCCAUCCUCCUUUAAUGGGUUUACAGCUGUCUGGUGUGUAUGUGUUAUGUUUAAUGUGGCGCUGUUGUGAUAUUUGUUAGCCUACUGAGCAGCCUGCUUCCUCUACCCAGUCCAAAUGUUUACCUUCUUAUUUUGGGCUCUGCUGACCAAGAGGAGUUUGCAACAUCUUACAGUGCUAUCUAAUCCACCUUUCACUACUAAUAACAGAUAGUAAGCAUUACUUUAAGGUUUAUUUUAUAUUGUUUGAUUGCUAAUUAGAUAAAAGGUGCUGUUUUAAAAUGACAUCUUGAUCUCUUGUGGGAAUAAGGGAACCAUACUUCUGUCAACUGAUUUUUUUCUGUUUUUCAGGUGAUUUUCAGACACCCUGUAUUGCUCGCUAGCAAAUCACUGUCAAGUCUGUCCCAGUGGAUGUGA